AUGGUUACACCUACCCUUUUCGACGCAGCAGCCAUUGUUGGUCUUCACCCCAAUGGUAUAGAUUUCGACCCUACUAUCUUAAAUGAAGAUACCAUUGCUUUCGAGACUAGCCUUGCACCUUACUCCUUAUUCAUGUCCUAUUAUCACGAUAAGACCGUGAAGAUCCCUGCUAAGAAAGCUGCUGUCGAAGCGUCGCCCAGUACUGCUAAAAAGCCUUCGACAAAAGUAAUUCGAAAGCCCUCAACAAUCCAAAAGAAGAAGAGUGAAGAGGAGAGAGGCGAGGAUAAAGUCCCUAAUGAAGAGUCUGGUGAUGAAUCUCCAGAGUUAAUCCCUCCUCCUCAGAAGAAAAAGAAACUCACGAAGGUCUCUUCCCAAAGAUCCAUCGCUAACCCGAUCAGGAAGGAUUCAGUCAGUACUCCUCCUGCUAAGCCUCAGUCGAAAGAUACGGGGAGUGGGAAAUCCGGCUUUAAUACUGAAAUUCCUGAAGAACAAAUGGCUGUCGAAAGGACGCCUGAGAAAAUUCUGGAGGAAACAGCCCCAGAGGAAGGUAUCCCCACCAGUGAUCAUGACAUGCAAACCGUGUCAGAAUUCGACACUACAGUGGGUGAAGCUUCUGAAGAUGAAUCUCCUCCUCAUCCAGGACUACAUAUUGCACCUCAGGGUGAUGACAUUGAAAUGGAGGUUGCGGUCGAAGAUGACCCUGAAGAUGGAGCUGCCAGAGAUGGGGACAACCAGUCAAAACAAACAGAGGCUGAGCAUACUUCGACGCGAAACACUCCACCUGCUCCUGACCGGACCCAAGGAAGUGGCAAAUCAACUGGAUUCUUCGUAGAGUAG